UAUUCUAAAAAGGGGUUUCUUUUUUGGAUUUAUUUUUUAUUUUUUAUUAUUUUAUAUCUUAUCCCAAUCUGCUAUCAAUUUGUCAUCAUCAUCCUUCAUCCAAUUCAAAAUUGGUUCACCUCGUCGUGCAUCAACCCUAACCCUAAUUUCCCAAUUAAACCUAUCAAUAUUAUUUUUUACCUUCGAUUUUUUGUUUUCUAUAAAAUUCUUUCGUAAACUCAAUCAACAAUUUCAUCGAUGAAUCAACGCAUAUGAUUGCUACAAAUCGACUGCAUGUGUUUACAGAAUUCCGGUAAGCCCUGAAAAAUCCGAACUUCCGGACAAUUACGUGAAGAUACGGGCCGCUUUCGCAGAGGAAGAAGAAUAAAUUGAAAGGGUGAUGGGUGAUGAAAGUGGCGGUUUGAGUGCUAACAAAGGCGUUCCUCAAGAGGAUGAGGGCAAUACUACACCUUUUCCUGAUAGGGUUCAAGUAGGAGGUUCACCUGUGUUUAAAGUGGAGAGGAAACUUGGCAAAGGUGGAUUUGGACAGGUUUUUGUUGGUCGUCGAGUUACCGGCGGUAAUGACCGCCUGAAUGGACCCGGUGCCACUGAGGUGGCUUUGAAAUUUGAACAUAGAAACAGUAAAGGAUGUAAUUAUGGCCCUCCUUAUGAGUGGCAAGUGUACAACACCCUUGGUGGAAGUCAUGGAAUACCUAAAGUACAUUAUAAAGGUAGACAAGGAGAAUAUUAUGUGAUGGUUAUGGACAUGCUUGGUCCAAGCUUGUGGGAUGUAUGGAAUUCCUCAGGCCAGUCGAUGUCUGCAGAUAUGGUUGCAUGUAUUGCUGUCGAGUCAUUGUCGAUCUUGGACAAGAUGCACUCAAGGGGAUAUGUGCAUGGAGAUGUAAAACCAGAGAACUUUUUACUAGGUCAGCCAGGUACAGCACAAGAGAAGAAAUUGUUUCUUGUUGACCUUGGAUUAGCAACAAAGUGGAGAGACACCUCCACUGGGCAGCAUGUUGAAUAUGAUCAACGCCCUGAUAUGUUCAGAGGAACUGUUCGGUAUGCAAGUGUUCAUGCUCAUCUGGGAAGAACUGCUAGUAGAAGGGAUGAUCUUGAAUCUCUUGCAUAUACACUCAUUUUCCUUCAUAAAGGCCGGUUACCAUGGCAAGGUUAUCAGGGAGAUAACAAGUCCUAUCUUGUUUGCAAAAAGAAGAUGGGAACAUCUCCUGAGAUGCUAUGCUGCUUCUGCCCUGCUCCUUUCAGACAUUUUCUUGAGUUUGUAGUGAACAUGAAAUUCGACGAAGAACCUAACUAUUCCAAGCUGAUAUCCUUAUUUGAUAGUGUGCUUGGUCCAAAUCCUGCAUUGCGGCCAAUUAAUACUGAAGGUGCUCAAAAGGUCGGGCAAAAGAGAGGUAGAUUGAAUAUUGAGGAAGAAGAUGAUUCACAGCCUAAAAAGAAGGUUCGUUUGGGGGUUCCUGCUACACAAUGGAUAUCAAUUUACAAUGCAAGAAUGCCAAUGAAGCAAAGGUAUCAUUACAAUGUAGCGGAUGGAAGAUUAGCGCAACAUGUAGAGCGAGGGAUUGCAGAUGGCCUUCUUAUUAGUUGUGUGGCUUCUUGUUCCAAUCUCUGGGCACUUAUCAUGGAUGCAGGAACUGGUUUUACAAAUCAAGUUUACAAGUUGUCACCUUUUUUCUUACACAAGGAAUGGAUCAUGGAGCAGUGGGAGAAGAAUUAUUACAUUACUUCUAUUGCUGGAGUUACUAAUGGGAGCUCUCUUGUGGUGAUGUCAAAAGGCACACAGUAUACACAACAAUCAUACAAAGUAAGCGAGUCUUUCCCCUUCAAAUGGAUAAACAAGAAGUGGAGAGAAGGUUUUCACGUGACUUCAAUGGCAACUGCUGGAAGUCGUUGGGGUGUUGUUAUGUCACGGAAUGCGGGAUUCAGUGAUCAGGUUGUUGAACUUGAUUUUCUCUAUCCUAGCGAAGGAAUCCAUAGACGAUGGGAUAAUGGUUACAGGAUCACAGCAACUGCUGCUACAUGGGAUCAAUCUGCUCUUAUAUUAAGCAAACCGAGACGAAGGCCUGCUGACGAAACUCAGGAAACUCUUAGGACAUCUCAAUUUCCAAGCACACAUGUUAAGGAAAAAUGGUCAAAAAACCUUUACCUUGCUUGUUUGUGCUAUGGACGUACAGUAUGCUGAUUCCCUUUACAAAUGAGGGAGGGUAUUUUGUAGACUACAAAAUUAUAUAUUUUCUAUUUUGCCCAAAUUAAUGUAUAAGUUUGUUUGUAAGGCUAGUUGUGCAAGCAGAGAAUUGUUGUAUGUUUUGUUUAUUAUAGUGUUUGCUAUCCGCACCCCUUUGUCUACGGGUGGUGGAUGUGGUAGAUAGUAAAUGUAUACUUCAUCUUGUAUUUUGCCUCCAAGUAAAUGUAGGUCUUAUUUUUCAAUUGUUUACUAUGUUACAAGUGUAAUAGUAUAAGAUAUAAAAGAAUAUUGAUUUGUAUCGA